GAAGUAAACGGAAGCAAAUCAAAUCGAAUUUCAAUCCAAUGCGCAGACAUCUCUACACCUCUUCCCUGUGGGAGGCGGAGGCGGAGGCGGAGGCGGUGCCGGAGCGGCCGGCCCCAGGACUAUAUUAGGAGGAGGAAGCGGCGGCGAAGGUUCUUGUUCCGCCCGCUGCUUCUCCCUGGAUUCGAUCUAUUGAUACGCGCUUCCGGCGGCCCGCAGGGCUAUUCCAGACCGAUCCUCAUGGCCGGCUGGACCGAUUCCGGCGGCAGCCGGGGGCGAGGAGGAGGGGGAGGCGGCGGCGGCUUCUCAAACCGCGGCGGCGGCAACGCCAACAACAACACCAUGUGGAGAGAGAGAACGCCACCGCAGCCGCAGCCUCAGCCGCCGCCGCAGCAACAGCAACAGCAACAGCAUCACCACCAACAACAGCACCAUCAGCAGCAGCAGCAGCAUCGCUACCGUCCUGUCAACCACAAUGACCACUCCUCGCAGCACCCGCGCCACCCACCGGCGGGGGAGCUGGACCGACACCAAGGGCAGGGAGGCUCCUCCACUUCCACCCGGCGCCCGCGGCCAACUCGUCCACCACAGCCUCGCCCCACCUUCACAGACCACAAGCCGUCUCCUACCUCCACACCCAAUGCCAAUGAACCGGACGACAAGGCCAGGUGCAAUGCUGCCAAUUUCGAGUGCAACGUCUGCUUUGACAUGGCAGACGACCCCGUAGUCACCAAGUGCGGCCAUCUCUUCUGCUGGGACUGCCUCUACCAGUGGCUCCAUGUCCACUCCAACCACCGCGAGUGCCCUGUCUGCAAGGGCCAGGUCGCUGACGAUGCCAUUAUACCCAUCUAUGGACGUGGCGGCUCUGCAGCGUCUGUUCACGCCGCACCGCCGAGGCCCACUGGGGCCAGAGUUGAAAGCUCCAGACAGCAGCAGCUGCAGCAGUUUGCUGCUUCCAACUUGAAUAUGAUGAUGGACGAAGAUGAUGAAGACGACGACCCCUUUCUCGAGGAGAUUAGUCUUCGUUUUGGAGUUAAUUCGCUGAGAGGUGGUAUGAUGAUCAUACCCGAUGAUGACAUCGAACAAGAUUAUGAUGACUACACUGAUCCCUACCUCCACCGCAACUUUGAUGAGGUAUAUGGCCUUGAUUUAAUGCGACUCCCAUUGUUUAGAUCUGCUGACGCCGCUGAAGCCGUGAUUGGCUCUUCCCGGCGACAUGGUCAUCAUAGUGUUUUUUCUGAUGACAUUAUGGAUACAUUCUUUGACAACACAACCCAUCAGGAGCCAGAUUUUGGUUACCGCGGUGGUCGGCGUCAGCGCGGGAGAGCAAGAGGAACAACAUCUGCAGAUCAUUUUAACGAUCACAUCGUUGGCAUGGUGUUGGGGAGUAGCUUGAGGAUCGAGGACAGCAGCGGUGCAUCUUACCGUGACACCGGUGCUGGUCCUCAUCAUCAUAUUAAUAAUACAGGUGGUUCCUCUCGGCCUAAUGGUGGAUGGGAGAGAAGAGGAAGAAGCAACCAUAAUUCGAAUUCCGGUGGUGGAAGAGGAACGCAGAAUAGCAGGAGGCAAGGAGCAAAUUACAAUUGAUCAUGGCCUGAAAGUGGCAAUCAAAUAAAUCCAGCCUUGAAUUAUUCUUUCUUCUGAUUCUCUGUUCUGUUACUUUUGUAGUCGCCCCAUCUGGGCACCUUGAUAAGCAUAUAUUUGACUAUUGGGGUGAAUGUUUCUUCUCGUUGAUGCAAUUAACAUUACAUGUGGUUA